GUGUGGGUCUUUCCCUUCAUUCAAUACUCAUUCCAGAAAAGAAAAGGAGUUGGGAGGGAGGGGCAGGGGCAAGGGGCAUAACCAGAGAGACAGCCCAGCAGACCAUGGCACUCUCGUGAGAGGGACAAAAGGGGGUGUGACCGAAACAAAAGAUCCCAUUUUAUCCUGCGCACCCUCCCUUGAAUAUCCUGCGCACUCCCCCUAGGCCUAUCCCUACUCUAGUCCUCCCUCUUUUUGAGGAGCUGAGUUCUCGCUAUCCAACGGUCCCCUACCCCUACCCUGCAAUUUGUAUGUAAUUUGUAUUUCUCAAACCCUUAACCCUGUAAUUUGUUGGUAACCAACCUCUAGCGAUGACCGUUAAUGCACGUUUUAGAACUCUCCGCACUUCUCUGUAACCCACACCACCCCAACCCCCAGAUGCCUCCCCACUCUCUACCCUCCCUCCCAUGGCCUGAUCUCCCUGGAUUUGGGUUUUUCUUGAUGAAAUCAAAAUACCCAUUUGGAUUUUUGUGUUAUAAUCCUCAAAUUGUUUGCCAUUCAGAUCUGGGAGUCUGUGAAGAAGGAGAUAUUUGUGGCAGAGAAAGGGAUCUUCUUUUUCGCCAAUUGGUGCCAUAUAAUUGAUUGUGGGAUUCAUGAGAGCCCCUCAAAUUUGCUCAGUUGCAGGGAGAGAAUUCCAUCAAUGUGGGCUAAUUUGGACUGUGUGAAUGGAUGUAUGUGAAGAAGUAGAGCGAGCAGCAGCGCAGAAACAAACGGCAGAGGAGACCACAAGACCACCUUUGGUUCCCUCUGACAAGAACAAUGGUCUCACUCGCAGACCGCGAACCAGGGAAGUCAGUUCCAGGUACAAGUCUCCUACUCCCUCUGCGCCGUCUGGUCCAAGGCGCUGCCCUUCUCCCACCAUCACAAGAACAGUCGCAUCAGCGCCAAAGAGAGCCCAAUCUGUCGAACGGAAGCGCCCCUCCACGCCGCCUUCGCCGAGGAGCCCGUCCACUCCCGUCCACGAUUCGUCCAUUGAUGCGCAUUUGUCUGCCAGAAGGUUAUCCGCCGGCGGCCGGCUGCCGGAGGGUUUAUGGCCUUCAACUAUGCGCAGUCUCAGUGUCUCUUUCCAGUCGGAUACAAUUUCCAUACCAAUUAGUAAGAGAGAGAAGCCGGCACCUAAUGCCCUUUCUGAUAGAACCCUGAAACCAUCUUCCAAUGUUGCACAUAAGCCGGCUGAAACGCCUGGUGUUGCGCGGAAGCCUACGCCGGAGAGGAAAAGGAGUCCCGUUAAAGGGAAGAAUGCUUCUGUUUCUGAUCAGUCGGAGAAUUCUAAACCCGUUGAUGGUUUGCAUUCCAGAUUGGUAGAUCAGCAUCGAUGGCCUAGCAGAGUAGGUGGGAAGGUGUCACCCAAUGUCUUAACUAGGAGUGUGGAUCUCUCUGAUAAAACCACUAAAACUCCAGCAUUGCCGUCUGCGGGAACUGGGGUUUCCUUGCUGAGGAGAAUGCCCAUGUCCGAUGCUAUGAGUAGGCCAUUGCAAAAGUCUGUCAGUGACGCUGUGAGGCUAGUAUCAUAUAAUGAUAUUGGGAGGGCGGAGUUUGAUUCGCGUUCAGUUGAUGAUGAUAAGCUGCUCCGGGCAUCCAGACUGAACAAGCUGGCCACUCCAAGUUCAUUUGAUAGAAUGACAUUGACAACUCCUGCAGGAAGAUCUCUGAUUUUGCCUACUUCAGAUUCGGGAUCCAGAUCGCGCCCUUCUUCACCAAGCAGGUCAUCAGCCUCUCUUUCUCGGGGCAUGGUUAGCCCAUCGCGGACGAGGCCAUCUACUCCUGCACAUUCGAGAGGGGUUAGUCCGUCUCGGAUAAGGCCAUCCAGCCCUUCUCGUCAAUCUGCCAGUACAACUUCCGUUCUAAGUUUCAUUGCAGAUAUUAGAAAAGGAAAGAAGGGUGCAAAUCACAUAGAAGAUGCCCAUCAACUGAGGUUGCUGUACAAUAGAUUUUUGCAAUGGCGAUAUGCUAAUGCCCAAGCAGAUGCUGUGAUCUAUGUACAGAAAAUUAUUGCUGAGAAGACUCUAUACAAUGUGUGGAGCACUCUUCUAGCGCUGUGGGAUUCAGUAACAAACAAAAGGAUCAGCCUUCAACAUUUGAGGCUAAUGCUGAAGCUUACUUCAGUUCUGACUGAACAAAUGGCCUACCUUGAUGAUUGGGCUUUACAUGAAAGAGAUCAUUAUAAUGCUGUAUCUGGGGCUAUUGAAGAUCUGCAAGCAAGCACUCUUCGUCUUCCAGUUACAGCUGGGGCAAGAGCAGAUAUUGAAACUGUGAAGGUUGCUGUGUGCUCAGCUGUUGAUGUGAUGCAGGCAAUGGGAUCCUCAAUAUGUUCUCUACUUUCAAGGGUUGAGGGGAUGAACCAUCUGGUUCCUGAACUUGCUGAUUUAGCUGCUCGGGGGAGAGCUUUGCUUGAUGAAUGUGAAGCUCUGUUGGCUUCAACAGCAGCUAUGCAGGUAGAGGAAUACAGCCUUAGGAGUCAUCUUAUACAACUGAAACAAGCUUUGGACGGAGGGUGAAUCGUCAAUCUUGGUGUUCAGACACCUCCAUGACCUCUUCCUGAUGCUAACAAUUUACCUUUUCGACAGAUUCAAUUGGCAUUGCCUGCUCAGGCCUCAUUGGGUGUAAAUUUAUAGUAUUUUUUUUUUCCCUUUUGGGUUUACUUUGGUGAGAAUUCAUCCUGUUUUAUUCAUUUUUUACUUUUUUUUUUUUGCACGGAGCCAUUGGCUCCAUCACUACUCUACAUGUAAUUUUUUUGGUAUCACGCAAAUGAAAAGAAAAUGCAAAAGGAAGCAAAUGAUUGAAAUUCAA